AGCACAAAAGAUUUGUCUGAAAUCGGGCUCAUGGAAGUUGUUCAGUCUAGAUUAUGUUGUUUAUUUGGUUCGGUUUAGAACCAGCCAUGGAUACUUUGUUGAUUCCAUUUUAGGGUCUUGUAGCUCCUAAGGACUUGAGAUUUCUGUAAGGCAUCAGACUACUGUCAGAGUAUAUAGCAUGCCUAUUUGAGAUGGAGUUUUUUUCAUUGUUGAACCAGCCUUGGGUGCUUUGUCGACUCUAUUCAGGGUCUUAGCUAGGUAGGACUUCCAGUUUCCGCAAGACAUUAGAGUAUAUAGUAUGUAGCUUCUUUGGAUUUGCUGUUUUUAUAAGACAUCGACGUAUAUAGCCUGCCAUUUGUUUGUUUAAAGGUUCUGAAACUGUUGCGUGAAGAGUGAAAACAAGAGAUUAUCUUACUCUUAACUCUAGUGGACGAAUACAAUAGCUUAUAGUUAGUACCACAUCAACCAUUAUAAUUUGUUAUUUAAUUAAGACAUGGCGCUAAAUUGAGGCAUGUAAUGCAAGAUUGCUAAUUUAGAGAAGAGCAUCGUCAAUAUUGAUGGUCACUGAUUUUUGUACUCAGAUUUUUGAUGACUUACAAUAAUCAAUUAUUUUCAACCUACUUAAUAUAAAAAAUAUCCAUCAAAUUUUGCUUCCUUUUGCCUACUUGUUGAGAGGUAUAUAAAAGAUAAGAUAUAUUUAUAUGAGAUUUUAUUAAAUUUGUAUGGUGAGAUAUUAAUUCAAAAUUUAUUUUGAAAAUAAUGUAAAAAGUGAAGUGGAUAAAUGGAAUUAGUUAUAACCUACUAUUGACCUUGACAUUAUUUUCAACUUCAUCACCGCUCCAUUUAAAUCAUAGGUGUGAGACUUUGACUCGAGUCAAGAUUAGUCAUAAAUUUUUUAAUUUUUGUAUUUGUUAGGAUGUUCUUGGGUCUAAUAAUUCAAAAGCGUGAACAAUCGUUUUUUAAUGUAGUUUUUUUGAGUUUGUAUCAUAGGUUUUAAAAAAAUUACAUAUUUAAAUUCUAUGGCGCAAAUUUAAAGAAGUAUUAUUUCUUUAGAAGAAUUGUGCAGAGCUUUGAAACAACUCUCUCAAAUGAUCAUUUAAUAGAAUUUUUGAAAUUGUUGAGUGAAAAAAAAAAUAAUAAUUAAAUAAACGAAGUUUUAAAAAAAUUUCAAAAGUAAGCGUCCAAACCCCAAAGCUGUGCUUUGGAGCUGUUCGCAGUUACUAACUGCGAAUAGCAUAUAAGACAAACUAGCUGUUCGCAAUUAGUAACUGCGAACAGCUCUUUUGUCUUUUAUUGUUGUUCGCAGUUACUAACUGCGAACAGACCUGAUCUACAAAAUCAGAUCAGUUUCUGUUUUUUCACAAAAUCGCAUUUCUCAAACCUACUUCACUCGACAUUUUCACCUUCUCCCUCUAAAACCAUUGAUUCAUUUCAUCAAAUCGUGCAAUCCUCUUUGAAUUUGGCACUUCAAAAUUAGUGUGUUAUACUAUAGCUUGCGCAAAGGUAAAUUUUUUUUGUGUUUUUUUGGUGUAUAUUUGGAUUUUAGGGUUUUAACCAAAUUUGUUUAUUUUUUCAAAUGUAGGUUUUUAGUUGUUAAAUCAAGACUAAUCUUAAUCAUCCAUAAGCAUUCAAGAAAAUGGCAUCAUUUCGCGUCACUAUAGUAUGUUUUUGGAAUGGUUGUAUUAAAGAAAAUAAUGGCAAAGUUCGUUAUGUUGGGGGAAGACUUAAGUUGUUUGCUUGCAAUUCGAACAUGGAUUUGAACCACUUUAAACGUUUUAUAUCUUCUAAGAUUGGAUUGGACCCUACUAGAAGUACCGUAAAUAUAAGUUUUAAAUAUGCCUUGAGUGGAGAAUUUAUUGCCUUUCCUGUUGAGGAUGAUGAGGCUAUAGAUGCGAUGGGGGAGCAUUUAAAGUCCACCCAAAUUUCUUCUUUGGAGUUAUACGUAGAAGAAGUACCAUUAGGGAAUGUAGUUGCUUCUAAUUCAACUCCUACCCCUAUGCCUAUAUUAACUUAGGAAACUGUAAAUCCCGUCGUUUCUUCCGCAUCUUGUAUUUUUUCUCAACCCCCUACAAAUCAAGUUCCAAUUGAUUCAAUGCUUAACUUAGGAGAAAGUGCUGAGAUGGGACCUUGGGAUGAUGAGAAUGAAAGUAAUGAGUUUAUUGACGAUCCUUCUGAGGACGAUGUGGAUGUCGAUGAGGAUGCGCUAGCAAAUGACUUGACUCUAGGCAACAUUCCUACAAUAAUUCCUCCUACACCUUAUGCCCUAUGUCCACCUUUAAACGAGUAUGCGGAGGACCAAUCAUGGAGGACUUGGGCUUGUGGUAGCACAUAGACUGAAUAGGGAGAGUUUGAGAAGGGUAUGAUGUUUGAUAACAAGGAAUCGUUGUUGGAAGCUAUCAGAGUGUAUCAUAUUGGGAGAAAUGUGGAGUACAGAACGGAGACCUCGAACCAAACUGUCCUUUCCUUGAAGUGCAAGUGGGGUUGUUCGUGGAAACUUAGAGCUACGUUUGACUCUAAUUUAUCUUCAUGGCGUAUUGUUACCUAUAAGGGUAAGCACGGUUCUUGUGUAUUGGGUAGUGACAGUGUGUCGGCUGGACACAUUCACCUGACAUUUUCUGUCAUUAACAAUGUUAUUAGAAAUUGUGUUGCUAAAGACCCAUCCAUUAAGGUAUCUGUCGUACGUCAGAUGGUUAAAAAUCGCUUUGGUGUGGAUGUGAAUUAUAAGAGAGCGUGGUGUGCAAAGCAACAAGCUUUGUUAUCCAUUUACGGGACAUGGGAAGGUUCUUACUCACUCCUUCCACGCUUUUUAAAAGCUUUGCAACUUUCCAACCCGGGGUUAGUAAUUGAGUGGUAUUUUAGGGAGGACAAUGACAUGGGUGUAUAUGUGAGACCUAAUAUUAGGACCUUCCAACGUGUCUUUUGGGCCUUUAAACCUUGCAUUGAAGGCUUCAAUUAUUGUAAACCUCUUAUUGCCAUUGACGGCACACACUUGUAUGGUAAAUAUUGCCAUACCUUAUUGACUGACAUUGCCCAAGAUGGUGAUAAGGGGAUCUUUCCUUUGGCCUUCGCAUUGGUAGAGAAGGAGAACAUAAGUGCAUGGUCCUGCUUCAUGUCCUGUAUUCGUAAGCAUGUCACACAGAGGAUGGGGUUAUGCGUUAUUUCUGAUAGACACGCUGGUAUUUUAGCAACCAUGGAAGAGCCGGAGUGGCAACCACCUAAUGCUUAUCAUAGGUUUUGCUUACGCCAUUUGCUUAGCAACUUCAAUCGUGCUAUGGAUAAUGUUCAGUUGAAGAAGUUGUUUGGUAAAACAGCUGAGCAAAGACAACAAGUGAAGGUAAUGAAUGAUCUAAAGGCAAUUGCGACUGCAAAACGAGAGGCAAUUUUCUGGAUUGAUGACGUGGGUGAUAUGUCUAAGUGGUGCUGCCCAUAAGAACGUCAAAGAGAUUGCAGGACCACUAGUCAUAUUACAGUUUUUGUGGGACCCAUACCCAGCGGAAGCCUACGCAGCUGUACCCGAACACUCGGGGAUUCAUUCCGGGGCGUGGAGGGCUUCUGUGCCACUCAUAUACUUCGACAUUGUCGAAGUACAUCUACCAGAGCGCGUAAUGCGCCAAUAUGGGUUGGUACAGGGCAUUCCACCGCCUUGUGACACUGAACCCCAGCUGCACCUAAUUUCGCGAAGAAAUCAAGCCGGGGCAAACCUGAUGGAGAUCAACGGGCACUACAUCGCUCGUUGGGAUCAUAGACUUGAGCUGCUUGCACAAGGUGCGCCGAUCGAUGUUGUCGGCGCACCUACUAUACCUGACUAUAUGCCGUGGUUCCUCUCUAUCACGCGCCGAUGGAUGACACCACGUGCCAUCUUGGAAGCAGCACAUUACGCACCUGCUGCGCCUACGAUGACCCAAUUUGCACAAGGUGCGGCAGACGUUAUGCGGUACAGCCAGGAGGAGCCGGUGAGGGAGAUUGCGCAUGGCAUGCUCUUCGGCUCGCAGUUCCAGCAAUUCAUACCGGAAGUCGCUGCACAACACUCACCAACUACCUCCCAUACGCACAUGGCAUGCUCUCCUUCUUAUGACUACCAUUUGGAGGAGAUGGAUUAUUCAUAUCCCGUUGACGCUGCGGGGACCUCGCAGAAUGGGCCAUCACAGCCAUCACAGUACCAGUCCCCUCCACUGCCAGAGCGUCACGCGAACGCCUCUUACUAUCGUAGGAGGCGAAGGAGACCAACUCAGUUGGAUAAGGUAGAUGAGGGUUCGUGAGCGUUAACGAUUACCUUUUGUGUAUUUGGAUCGACUAUGUACAUAUAUAUAUAUAUAUAUAUAUAUAUAUAUAUUUUAAUUGACUUGUAUAUUUCACACAUUUGUAUAUAUUUUGUUGUAUAUAUAUGUUUAAUUACUUUAUCAUAGCCUCUAAGCUUUAACUUAUGAAUGAUCGGAGUUUUGGCGAUGAAUCAUGCCGCCUUAAAGAUACAUUGACUUGUAAUUAACUAUUCUAAUGUCUCUAGUGCAAUUACAACAAACAACAACUACCCCAAAAAUAAAGGAUAAAAAAUAUUAAUUAUCUGUUCGCAGUUAGUAACUGCGAACAGCUCCAAAGCACAGCUUUGGAGUUUGGACGCUUACUUUUGGAAUUUUUUUAAAACUUCGUUUAUUUAAUUAUUAUUUUUUUCACUCAAGAAUUUCAAAAAUUCCAUUUAAUAAUUAUUUGCAAAAAAUCAGCUCAUGAUUCUAUUUGAGCAUGAAC